UUCUCUCUGUCUCUUCACUCUUCUUUUCUUUCAAUCCAGCCCAUAAUGGAGCUUGCCAACCAAAAGAGCAAGCGACUCCGCCAUGACUCAGAACCCCACUCGCCCGAGUCCAAGAUUGCCAGAGUUGACUCCCCCUCUGAUGUCAACCCGGAAGACCCAGCCAUGGACUCCUCCGUCGCUACGGACAUCCAUGACGACCUUCUCGAUAUCCUUGAUGAGACGGAUAACUUACCCGAGCGAGACCCUACCAUGCAGGGCCUCGACUCCGUAAUCAAGAGCUUUGAGGAAGAGAUCCUCGCUUCGGGUCCGGGCUCCGUCAUUCCUGACCCCACACCCGAAUCCGGCGAGUUCCCCGUGCAGCUGGGAUACCUCUUGGAAGCUUCCGACGACGAGCUAGGGCUGCCGCCGUCGGUGACGCCGUCAGAGGAUACGAAGCCCGAGAGCGAAGAAUUGAGCCAGGUGGGCUCGGACGGAGUUGAUAUGGGGGAGUUAUUGGGGUUUGAGAAUGAUAUAGAGAAGUACGAGUCGGUAGGGUUAGGAGACGGAGAAAACGAGAACGGCGGUGGUAUUGUGAGCUUCGACGACGGGUUGUUGGAUUACCCGGACUUGUAUGAGGUGGUGUGGCGGUCGGAGUCGUUGCAGGCUAUGUGAAGGAAGGAGGGUUAGGGCGUAGCGCUAGGUUUGGUGGGCAUCAUUGAACUGAGUACGGCAACAUGUAAACUGGGGAAGACGAUGAAACCACAGAAACAUGGACUGUAGAUGGUAGGUGUGAAAAUUUGGCGAGAUGUUCUUUGUAGCGCAGGAAUCAGAUUCAGAUGUUGUGCCAUUCG